AUGGUGGCCGGCAUGCUCAUGCCGCUGGACCAGCUGCGGGCCAUCUACGAGGUACUCUUCCGCGAGGGUGUGAUGGUGGCCAAGAAAGACCGGCGGCCCCGCAGCCUGCACCCCCACGUGUCCGGUGUCACCAACCUGCAGGUCAUGCGUGCCAUGGCCUCUCUGCGGGCCCGGGGCCUGGUGCGGGAGACCUUUGCCUGGCGGCACUGCUACUGGUACCUCACCAACGAGGGGAUCGCCCACCUGCGCCAGUACCUGCACCUGCCGCCGGAGAUUGUGCCCGCCUCCCUGCAGCGCGUGCGCCGCCCAGUCGCCAUGGCAACGCCCCCGCGCCGCACCCCCCACGUGCAGGCCGUCCAGGGCCCCCUGGGUUGCCCACCCAAGCGGGGGCUGCCCCCCGCCGAGGACACGGCUAGAGACGAGCGGCGGUUCUACCGCCGGAAGGAUCCUGAGGAGGGGGUGCCUGAGCCCCCUGUGGUGCCUGCCACCGCCCCAGGGACCCUAGCACGGCCAGGCCUGGAGCCCGCCCCAGCCACAGACGAGCGAGACCGUGUGCAGAAGAAAACCUUCACCAAGUGGGUCAACAAGCACCUCAUCAAGGCCCAGAGGCACAUCAGCGACCUGUAUGAAGAUCUCCGUGAUGGUCACAACCUCAUUUCCUUGCUGGAGGUCCUCUCGGGGGACAGCCUGCCCCGGGAGAAGGGCAGGAUGCGUUUCCACAAGCUGCAGAAUGUCCAGAUCGCCCUGGACUACCUGCGACACCGCCAGGUGAAGCUGGUGAAUAUCAGGAACGAUGACAUUGCCGACGGCAACCCUAAGCUGACCCUGGGCCUCAUCUGGACCAUCAUCCUGCACUUCCAGAUCUCGGACAUCCAGGUGAGUGGGCAGUCAGAAGACAUGACGGCCAAGGAGAAGCUCCUGCUGUGGUCCCAGCGCAUGGUGGAGGGCUACCAGGGCCUGCGCUGUGACAACUUCACCUCCAGCUGGCGCGACGGCCGCCUCUUCAACGCCAUCAUCCACCGGCAUAAGCCAAUGCUUAUCGACAUGAACAAGGUGUACCGGCAAACCAACCUGGAGAACUUGGACCAGGCCUUCUCUGUGGCGGAACGCGACCUGGGAGUGACACGGCUGCUGGACCCUGAGGAUGUGGACGUCUCCCAUCCCGAUGAGAAGUCCAUCAUCACGUACGUCUCAUCUCUGUACGAUGCCAUGCCCCGUGUGCCCGACGUGCAGGAUGGGGUGAAGGCCAACGAGCUGCAGCUGCGUUGGCAGGAGUACCGGGAGCUGGUGCUGCUGCUGCUGCAGUGGAUCCGCCACCACGCCGUGGCUUUCGAGGAGCGCAAGUUCCCCAGCAGCUACGAGGAGAUCGAGAUCCUGUGGUGUCAAUUCCUUAAGUUUAAGGAGACCGAGCUUCCUGCCAAGGAGGCUGACAAGAACCGAUCCAAAGGCAUCUAUCAGUCCCUGGAGGGCGCGGUACAAGCGGGCCAGCUCAAGAUAGCGCCGGGCUACCACCCGCUGGACGUGGAGAAGGAGUGGGGCAAGCUGCACGUGGCCAUCCUGGAGCGGGAGAAGCAGCUACGCAGGGAGUUCGAGAGGCUGGAGAGUCUGCAGCGCAUCGUCAGCAAACUGCAGAUGGAGUCGGGGCUGUGUGAGGAGCAGCUGAACCAGGCUGAUGCCCUGCUGCAGGCGGACAUCCGGCUGCUGGCUGCAGGCAAGGCACCUCAGCGGUCAGGUGAGGUGGAGAGAGACCUGGAUAAGGCGGAUGGCAUGAUCCGGCUGCUCUUCAACGACGUGCAGACCCUCAAGGAUGGGCGGCACCCCCAGGGCGAGCAGAUGUACCGCAGGGUGUACCGUCUGCACGAGCGCCUCGUCACCAUCCGUACGGACUACAACCUCCGACUGAAGGCUGGUGCCUCCAUGACCCAGAGCGUGUCAAGACCCCCGGACCACGAGCUCGAGAGCUCCACCCUGCGCUACCUGCAGGACCUGCUGGCCUGGGUAGAGGAGAACCAGCGGCGGGUGGAUGGCGCUGAGUGGGGUGUGGACCUGCCCAGCGUGGAGGCGCAGUUGGGCAGCCACCGUGGCCUGCACCAGUCUAUCGAGGAGUUCCGGGCCAAGAUAGAGCGGGCGCGUGCUGACGAGGGUCAGCUCUCCCCGGUCACCCGGGGUACCUACUGUGACUGUCUGGGCCGGCUGGACCUGCAGUACACCAGGCUGCUGAACUCCUCCAAAGCCCGGCUUCGCGCCCUGGAGAGCCUGCAUGGCUUUGUGGCGGCUGCCACCAAGGAGCUGAUGUGGUUGAGUGAGAAGGAGGAGGAGGAGGUGGGCUUUGACUGGAGCGACCGCAACGCCAACAUGGCCACCAAGAAGGAGAGCUACUCGGCCCUGAUGCGUGAGCUGGAGCUGAAAGAAAAGAAAAUCAAGCAGAUCCAGAACACUGGAGAUCGGCUGCUGCGCGAGGGCCACCCUGCACGGGCCACGGUGGAGUCGUUCCAGGCAGGCCUGCAGACCCAGUGGAGCUGGAUGCUGCAGCUAUGUUGCUGCAUCGAGGCCCACCUGAAGGAGAACACCGCCUACUUUCAGUUCUUCUCAGACGUGCGGGAGGCAGAGGAGCAGCUGCAGAAGCUACAGGAGACACUGCGCAGGAAGUACACCUGUGACCGUUCCAUCACUGUCACCCGCCUGGAGGACCUGCUGCAGGAUGCCCAGGACGAGAAGGACCAGCUGAACGAGUACAAGGACCACCUGUCUGGCCUGGCCAAGCGGGCCAAGGCCAUCGUGCAGCUGAAGCCCCGCAACCCUGCCCACCCGGUUCGGGGCCACCUGCCGCUGCUGGCCGCAUGUGACUACAAGCAGGUGGAGGUGACCGUGCACAAGGGGGACGAGUGCCAGCUGCUGGGCCCCGCGCAGCCGUCCCACUGGAAGGUCCUCAGCAGCGGUGGCAGCGAGGCUGCCGUGCCGUCCGUCUGCUUCCUUGUGCCCCCACCCAACCAGGAGGCCCAGGAGGCCAUCACCAGGUUGGAGGCCCAGCACCAGGCCCUGGUCGCGAGGUGGCACCAGCUGCAUGUGGACCUGAAGAGCCUCCUGGCCUGGCAGAGCCUCAGUCGCGACGUACAGCUCAUCCGCUCCUGGUCGCUGGUCACGUUCCGCACGCUGAAGCCUGAGGAGCAGCGCCAAGCCCUGCGCAGCCUGGAGUUGCACUACCAGGCCUUCCUGCGAGACAGCCAGGACGCCGGCGGCUUCGGGCCCGAGGACCGGCUGCAGGCUGAGCGGGAAUAUGGCUCCUGCAGCCGCCACUACCAGCAACUGCUGCAGAGCCUGGAGCAGGGGGAGCAGGAGGAGUCACGUUGCCAGCGCUGCAUCUCAGAGCUCAAGGACAUCCGGCUGCGGCUGGAGGCUUGCGAGACACGCACCGUGCACCGCCUGCGGCUGCCUCUGGACAAGGAGCCGGCCCGCGAGUGUGCCCAGCGCAUGGCUGAGCAGCAGAAAGCGCAAGCCGAGGUGGAGGGGCUGGGCAAGGGGGUCGCCCGGCUCUCCGCUGAGGCUGAGAAGGUACUGGCCCUGCCUGAGCCCUCGCCGGCUGCCCCCACCCUGCGCUCGGAGCUGGAGCUGACGCUGGGCAAACUGGAGCAGGUCCGCAGCCUGUCCGCCAUCUACCUGGAGAAGCUCAAGACCAUCAGCCUGGUGAUCCGCAGCACGCAGGGGGCUGAGGAGGUGCUGCAAGCCCACGAGGAGCAGCUCAAGGAUGCACAGGCCGUGCCCGCCGCCCUCCCGGAGCUCGAGGCCACCAAGGCCACACUGAAGGAGCUGCGGGCCCGUGCGGAGGCACAGCAGCCGGUGUUCGAUGCUCUGCGUGAGGAGCUGCGGGCAGCGCAGGAGGUGGGCGAGCGGCUGCAGCAACGGCACGGCGAGCGUGAUGUGGAGGUGGAGCGCUGGCGUGAGCGCACGGCACAGCUGCUGGAGCGCUGGCAGGCGGUGCUGGCUCAGGCCGACAGCCGGCAGCGUGAGCUGGAGCAGCUGGGCCGCCAGCUACGCUAUUACCGCGAGAGCGCCGGCCCGCUGGGCGACUGGCUGCAGGACGCCAAGCGGCGGCAGGAGCAGAUCCAGGCAGUGCCGCUGGCCAAUAGCCAGGCUGUGCGCGAGCAGCUGCGGCAGGAGAAGGCGCUGAUGGAGGAGAUUGAGCAGCACGGGGAGAAGGUGGAGGAGUGCCAGAAGUUCGCCAAGCAGUACAUCAAUGCCAUCAAGGACUACGAGCUCCAGCUGGUCACGUACAAGGCACAGCUUGAGCCGGUGGCCUCGCCGGCCAAGAAGCCCAAGGUCCAGUCAGGGUCGGAGAGUGUCAUCCAGGAGUAUGUGGAUCUGCGCACGCGCUACAGUGAGCUGACCACACUCACCAGCCAGUACAUCAAGUUCAUCAGCGAGACCCUGCGGCGCAUGGACGAGGAGGAGCGGCUGGCCGAGCAGCAGCGGGCAGAGGAGCGGGAGCGGCUGGCCGAGGUGGAGGCCGCGUUGGAGAAGCAGCGGCAGCUGGCCGAGGCCCACGCCCAGGCCAAGGCGCAGGCGGAGCAGGAGGCGCAGGAGCUGCAGCAGCGCAUGCAGGAGGAGGUGGCCCGGCGGGAGGAGGUGGCAGUGGACGCGCAGCAGCAGAAGCACAGCAUCCAGGAGGAGCUGCAGCACGUUCGGCAGAGCUCGGAGGCGGCCAUCCAGGCCAAGGCCCGGCAGGCGGAGGCGGCUGAGCGCAGCCGGCUGCGCAUCGAGGAAGAGAUCCGCGUGGUGCGCCUGCAGCUGGAGGCCACCGAGCGCCAGCGCAGCGGGGCCGAGGACGAGCUGCAGGCUCUGCGCGCGCGUGCCGAGGAGGCGGAGGCCCAGAAGCGGCAGGCGCAGGAGGAGGCCGAGCGGCUGCGGAGGCAGGUACAAGAUGAGAGCCAGCGCAAGAAACAGGCAGAGGCGGAGCUGGCACGGCGAGUGGUGGCCGAGGCGGAGGCGGCGCGUGAGAAGCAGCGGGCCGUGCAGGCACUGGAGGAGCUGCGGCUGCAGGCGGAGGAGGCAGAGCGGCGGCUGCGGCAGGCCGAAGUCGAGCGAGAGCGCCAGGUGCAGGUGGCCCUGGAGUCGGCACAGCGCAGCGCUGAGGCCGAGCUACAGAGCAAGCGUGCCUCCUUCGCGGAGAAGACAGCCCAGUUGGAGCGCACGCUGCAGGAGGAGCAUGUGGCCGUGGCACAGCUGCGGGAGGAGGCAGAGCGGCGGAUGCAGCAGCAGGCCGAGGCAGAGCGCGCCCGCGAGGAGGCGGAGCGGGAGCUGGAGCGCUGGCGCCUGAAGGCCAAUGAAGCGCUGCGGCUGCGGCUGCAGGCUGAGGAAGUGGCCCAGCAAAAGAGCCUGGCUCAGGUGGAAGCCGAGAAGCAGAAGGAGGUGGCGGAGCGCGAGGCGCGGCGGCGUGGCAAGGCAGAGGAGCAGGCUGUGCGGCAGCGGGAGCUGGCCGAGCAGGAGCUGGAGCGGCAGCGCCAGCUGGCGGAGGGGACCGCGCAGCAGCGUCUAGUGGCCGAGCAGGAACUGAUCAGGCUGCGGGCCGAGACCGAGCAGGGCGAGCAGCAGCGGCAGGUUCUUGAGGAGGAGCUGGCACGGCUGCAGCGUGAGGCGGCAGCGGCCACGCAGAAGCGUCAGGAGCUGGAGGCCGAGUUGGCCAAGGUGCGGGCGGAGAUGGAGGUGCUGCUGUCCAGCAAGGCACGGGCCGAGGAGGAGUCGCGCUCCACCAGCGAGAAGUCCAAGCAGAGGCUGGAGGCCGAGGCCAGCCGGUUCCGCGAGCUGGCCGAGGAGGCCGCCCGCCUGCGCGUCCUGGCUGAGGAGGCCAAGCGCCAGCGGCAGCUGGCUGAGGAGGACGCGGUCCGGCAGCGGGCGGAGGCUGAGCGGGUGCUGGCCGAGAAGCUGGCCGCCAUUGGCGAGGCCACAAGGCUCAAAACAGAGGCAGAGAUCGCGCUCAAAGAGAAGGAGGCGGAAAACGAGCGGCUGCGGCGGUUGGCGGAGGAUGAGGCCUUCCAGCGGCGGCGGCUGGAGGAGCAGGCCGCACAGCACAAAGCUGACAUCGAGGAGCGCCUGGCACAGCUGCGCAAGGCCUCGGAGAGCGAGCUGGAGCGGCAGAAGGGCCUGGUAGAGGACACACUGCGGCAGCGGCGACAGGUGGAAGAGGAGAUCCUCGCGCUCAAGGUGAGCUUCGAGAAGGCGGCUGCUGGCAAGGCCGAGUUGGAGUUGGAGCUGGGCCGCAUCCGCGCCAACGCUGAGGACACGCUGCGCAGCAAGGAGCAGGCAGAGCUGGAGGCCGCUCGACAGCGGCAGCUGGCGGCCGAGGAGGAGCAGCGGCGCCGGGAGGCCGAGGAGCGUGUGCAGAAGAGCCUGGUGGCUGAGGAGGAGGCGGCGCGGCAGCGCAAGGCCGCUCUGGACGAGGUUGAGCGGCUCAAGGCCAAGGUGGAGGAGGCAUGGCGCCUGCGUGAGCGGGCGGAGCAGGAGUCAGCACGGCAGCUGCAGCUGGCGCAGGAGGCUGCACAGAAGCGGCUGCAGGCGGAGGAGAGGGCGCACGCCUUCACCGUGCAGCAGAAGGAGCAGGAGCUGCAGCAGACGCUGCAGCAGGAGCAGAGUGUGCUGGAGCGCCUGCGCGGCGAGGCAGACACGGCGCGGCACGCGGCCGAGGAGGCGGAGGAGGCAAGGGAGAGGGCCGAGCGGGAGGCGCUGCAGUCCCGGCGGCAGGUGGAGGAGGCAGAGCGGCUGAAGCAGGAGGCCGAGGAGCGGGCCCAAGCCCGGGCGCAGGCACAGGCCGCCGCAGAGGAGCUGCGCAAGGAGGCGGAGCAGGAGGCAGCCCGGCGGGCGCAGGCGGAGCAGGCCGCCCUGCGGCAGAAGCAGGCGGCCGACGCGGAGAUGGAGAAGCACAAGAAGUUUGCCGAGCAGACGCUGCGGCAGAAGGCACAGGUGGAACAGGAGCUGACGACGCUGCGCCUGCAGCUGGAGGAGACGGACAACCAGAAGAGCAUCCUGGACGAAGAGCUGCAGCGGCUGAAGGCGGAGGUGACAGAGGCCGCGCGCCAGCGCAGCCAGGUCGAGGAGGAGCUGUUCUCGGUGCGCGUGCAGAUGGAGGAGCUAAGCAAGCUCAAGGCCCGCAUUGAAGCGGAGAACCGUGCACUUAUCCUGCGUGACAAGGACAACACGCAGCGCUUCCUGCAGGAGGAGGCCGAGAAGAUGAAGCAGGUGGCUGAGGAGGCCGCGCGGCUGAGCGUGGCGGCCCAGGAGGCGGCGCGGCUGCGGCAGCUGGCCGAGGAGGACCUGGCGCAGCAACGAGCUCUGGCUGAGAAGAUGCUCAAGGAGAAGAUUCAGGCAGUGCAAGAGGCCACGCAGCUCAGGGCCGAGGCCGAGCUGCUGCAGCAGCAGAAGGAGCUGGCACAGGAGCAGGCACGGCGGCUGCAGGAAGACAAGGAGCAGAUGGCGCAGCAGCUGGCACAGGAGACGCAGGGCUUCCAGCGGACGCUGGAGGCGGAGCGGCAGCGGCAGCUGGAGAUGAGCGCGGAGGCCGAGCGGCUCAAGCUGCGUGUGGCCGAGAUGAGCCUGGCCCAGGCCCGAGCCGAGGAGGACGCCCAGCGCUUCCGGAAGCAGGCCGAGGAGAUCAGCGAGAAGCUGCACCGCACCGAGAUCAGCACACAGGAGAAAAUGACGUUGGUGCAGACGCUGGAGAUCCAGCGGCAGCAGAGCGACCAGGAUGCCGAGCGCCUGCGGGAGGCCAUCACCGAGCUGGAGCGUGAGAAGGAGCGACUCAAGCAGGAGGCCAAGCUGCUGCAGCUCAAGUCUGAGGAGAUGCAGACGGUGCAGCAGGAGCAGCUGCUGCAGGAGACGCAGGCCCUGCAGCAGAGUUUCCUCUCUGAGAAGGACAGCCUGCUGCAGCGGGAGCGCUUCGUCGAGCAGGAGAAAGCCAAACUGGAGCAGCUCUUCCAGGACGAGGUGGCCAAGGCGCAGCAGCUGCGUGAGGAGCAGCAGCGGCAGCAGCAGCAGAUGGAGCAGGAGAAGCAGCAGCUGGUGGCCAGUAUGGAGGAGGCCCGGCGGCGGCAGCGAGAGGCCGAGGAGGGUGUGCGGCGCAAGCAGGAGGAGCUGCAGCGCCUGGAGCAGCAGCGGCAGCAGCAGGAGCAGCUGCUGGCCGAGGAGAACCGGAAGCUGCGGGAGCGGUUGCAGCGGCUGGAGGAGGAGCACCGUGCCGCGCUGGCACACACGGAGGAGGUGGCCGCCUCGCAGGCCGCCAUCACCGAGGCCCUGCCCAGCGGCCGCGAUGCGCCCGACGGCCCCACCGCGGAGGAGCUACAGCAUGCCUUUGAGGGCCUGCGGCGGAAGGUGUCAGCGCGCCAGCUGCAGGAGGUGGGCAUCCUGAGCACGGAGGAGCUGCAGCGGCUGGCACAGGGCCACACCACGGUGGCCGAACUCGCGCGGCACGAGGAUGUGCGCCGCUACCUGCAGGGCACUGGGAGCAUCGCUGGGCUGCUGCUGAAGUCGUCCAACGAGAAGCUGAGCAUCUACAGCGCCCUGCAGAGGAAGCUGCUGAGCCCCGGCACUGCUCUGGUGCUGUUGGAGGCUCAGGCGGCCUCGGGCUUCCUGCUGGACCCCGUGCACAACCGACGGCUGACUGUCAACGAGGCCGUAAAGGAGGGCCUUGUGGGCCCUGAGCUGCACCACAAGCUGCUGUCGGCCGAGCGCGCCGUCACCGGCUACACCGACCCCUACACGGGCGAGCAGAUCUCCCUCUUCCAGGCCCUGCAGAAGGACCUCAUCGUGCGGGACCACGGCGUGCGCCUGCUGGAGGCCCAGAUCGCCACGGGCGGCAUCAUCGACCCCGUGCACAGCCACCGCUUGCCCGUGGAGGUGGCCUACCAGCGCGGCUACUUCGACGAGGACAUGAACCGCGUGCUGGCGGACCCCGGCGACGACACCAAGGGCUUCUUCGACCCCAACACGCACGAGAACCUCACCUACCUGCAGCUGCUGGAGCGCUGCGUGCGGGACCCUGACACCGGGCUCCGCGUCCUGCCGCUCACAGAUAAGGCUGUCAAGGGUGGCGAGCUGGUCUACUCGGACUCGGAGGUACGUGACGUGUUUGAAAAGGCCACCGUGUCCGCGCCCUUCGGCAAGUUCCAGGGCAAGACGGUGACCAUCUGGGAGAUCAUCAACUCUGAAUACUUCACCGCAGAGCAGCGGCGUGAUCUGCUGCGGCAGUUCCGCUCUGGCAAGAUCACGGUGGAGAAGAUCAUCAAGAUCGUCAUCACCGUGGUGGAGGAGCAUGAGCAGAAAGGCCAGCUCUGCUUCGAGGGCCUACGCGCCCUGGUGCCCGCCGCCGAGCUGCUCGAGAGCGGGGUCAUCAGCCAAGAUGUGUAUGGCCAGCUGCAGCGGGGCGAGUGCUCCGUGCGGGAGGUGGCUGAGGUGGAUGCUGUGCGGCGGGCCCUGCGCGGCGCUGACGUCAUCGCAGGAGUGUGGCUGGAGGAGGCGAGGCAGAGGCUAAGCAUCUACGAGGCCCUCCGGAGAGACCUGCUGAAGCCCAAGGUGGCCAUGGCUCUGCUGGAGGCCCAGGCGGGCACUGGGCAUAUCCUCGAUCCUGCCACCAGCGCUCGGCUGACGGUAGACGAGGCAGUGCGUGCUGGCCUGGUGGGGCCCGAGCUGCACGAGAAGCUGCUGUCAGCUGAGAAGGCUGUGACGGGCUACCGGGACCCCUACUCAGGCCAGACCGUGUCCCUAUUCCAGGCCUGGAAGAAGGGCCUCAUCCCCAGGGAGCAGGGCCUGCGUCUGCUGGAUGCCCAGCUAUCCACGGGUGGCAUCGUGGACCCCAGCAAGAGCCACCGCGUGCCCCUGGAUGUGGCCUACGCACGGGGCUACCUGGACAAGGAGACACGCAGGGCUCUGUUGGCGCCGCAGGAUGACGCCAAGACUUUCUACGACCCUGGUGCACAGGAGCCGCUCACCUACAGCCAGCUGCAGCAGCAGUGCCAGCCGGACCAGCUCACUGGGCUCAGCCUGCUGCCGCUCUCCGAGAAGGCUGCACGGGCCCUGCAGGAGGAGCUCUACUCCGACACACAGGCCCGCGAGACCUUCGAGAAGGCCACCGUCGAGGUCCCUGUGGGCGGCUUCAGGGGCCGGACGGUCAGUGUCUGGGAACUUAUCAGCUCCGAGUAUUUCACAGAGGAGCAGAGGCGGGAGCUGCUGCGGCAGUAUCGCACGGGCAAGGUCACUGUGGAGAAGAUCAUCAAGAUCCUCAUCACCAUCAUUGAGGAGACAGAGAUCAGGCGGCAGGAGAAGCUGACCUUCAGCGGCCUGCGGGCGCCAGUCCCGGCCAGUGAGCUCCUGGACGCCAAGGUCCUCAGCAGGGCACAGUUUGAGCAGCUCCAGGACGGCAAGACAUCAGUCAAAGACCUCUCCGAGGUGGACGCCGUGCGGAUGCUGCUCCGGGGCAGCGGCUGCGUGGCCGGCAUCUACCUGGAGGACUCCAAAGAGAAAGUGACUGUCUACGAGGCCAUGCGGCGGGGCCUACUUAGGCCCAGCACGGCCACACUGCUGCUUGAGGCGCAGGCAGCCACCGGCUUCCUGGUGGACCCCGUGCGCAACCAGCGGCUCUAUGUCCAUGAGGCGGUCAAGGCAGGUGUGGUAGGGCCAGAGCUGCAUGAGAAACUGCUGUCAGCCGAGAAGGCUGUGACUGGCUACAAGGACCCCUACUCGGGCUCCACCAUCUCCCUCUUCCAGGCCAUGCAGAAGGGCCUGGUCCUCAGGAACCACGGCGUGCGCCUGCUGGAGGCCCAGAUCGCCACGGGCGGCAUCAUCGACCCUGUGCACAGCCACCGCGUGCCUGUGGAGGUGGCCUACCAGCGUGGCUACUUCGACGAGGACAUGAACCGUGUGCUGGCGGACCCCAGCGAUGACACCAAGGGCUUCUUUGACCCCAACACGCACGAGAACCUCACCUAUCGGCAGUUGCUGGCGCGCUGUGUGGAGGACCCCGAAACUGGGCUGUUCCUCCUGCCCUUGAGAGCAGCAGAGGGGCCUGAGGUGGCGGAGACCACGCAGGUGUACACAGAGGAGGAAACACGGCGAGCAUUCGAGGAGACGCAGAUUGAGCUUCCGGGUGGCGGCCCCGGCGCCUCCACCAUGUCGCUGUGGGAGGUGAUGCAGUCGGACAUGAUCCCAGCAGAGCAGCGGGCCCGCCUGAUGGAGGACUUCCGGGCCGGCCGGGUGACCAAGGAGCGCAUGAUCAUCAUCAUCAUCGAGAUCAUUGAGAAAACAGAGGUCAUCCGCCAGCAGAACCUGGCCUCCUACGACUACGUGCGCCGCCGCCUCACCGCUGAGGACCUAUAUGAAGCCCACAUCAUCUCCCUCGAGACCUACAAUCUGCUCCGCGAGGGGAUCAAGACCCUGCGCGAAGUGCUCGAGGCCAAGGACGCCUGGCGCUACCUCUACGGCACGGGUUGCGUGGCCGGCAUCUACGUGCCCGGCUCCCGGCAGACGCUGACCGUCUACCAGGCCCUCAAGAAGGGGCUGGUGAGCGCCGAGGUGGCCCGCCUGCUGCUGGAGGCCCAGGCAGCCACAGGCUUCCUGCUGGACCCCCUGAAGGGCGAGCGGCUGACGGUGGACGAGGCCGUGCGCAAGGGCCUGGUGGGGCCCGAGCUGCAUGACCGGCUGCUGUCAGCUGAGCGUGCCGUGAGUGGCUACCGCGACCCCUACACUGAGCAGACCAUCUCGCUGUUCCAGGCCAUGAAGAAGGAUCUGAUCCCAGCCGAGGAGGCGCUGCGCCUGCUGGACGCCCAGCUGGCCACAGGCGGCAUCAUUGACCCACACCUGGGCUUCCACCUGCCACUGGAGGUGGCCUACCAGCGUGGCUACCUCAACAAGGACACACACGACCAGCUCUCGGAGCCCAGUGAGGUCCGCAGCUACGUGGACCCCUCCACGGACGAGCGGCUCAGCUACACGCAGCUGCUGAAGCGGUGCCGCCAGGACGACAAGAGUGGCCAGCUGCUCCUGCCGCUCUCAGACUCCCGCAAGCUGACCUUCCGCGGGCUGCGCAAGCAGAUCUCGGUGGAGGAGCUGGUGCGCUCCCAGGUGAUGGACGAGGCCACCGCGCUGCAGCUGCAGGAGGGCCUCACGUCCGUCGAGGAGGUGACCAAGAACCUGCAGAGGUUCCUCGAGGGUACCAGCUGCAUCGCCGGCGUCUUCGUGGAUGCCACCAAGGAGCGGCUGUCGGUGUACCAGGCCAUGAAGAGGGGCAUCAUCCGGCCUGGCACAGCCUUCGAGCUGCUGGAGGCGCAGGCAGCCACUGGCUACGUCAUCGACCCCAUCAAGGGGCUCAAGCUGACCGUGGAGGAGGCCGUGCGCAUGGGCAUUGUGGGCCCUGAGUUCAAGGAUAAGCUGCUGUCGGCUGAGCGUGCUGUCACUGGCUACAAGGACCCCUACUCCGGAAAGCUCAUCUCCCUCUUCCAGGCCAUGAAGAAGGGGUUGAUCCUCAAGGACCACGGCAUCCGCCUGCUGGAGGCCCAGAUCGCCACGGGUGGCAUCAUUGACCCCGAGGAGAGCCACCGCCUGCCCGUGGAGGUGGCCUACAAGCGUGGCCUCUUCGACGAGGAGAUGAACGAGAUCCUGACCGACCCUUCAGAUGACACCAAGGGCUUCUUCGACCCCAACACGGAGGAGAACCUCACCUACCUGCAGCUGAUGGAGCGCUGCAUCACGGACCCCCAGACUGAGCUGUGCCUGCUGCCGCUGAAGGAGAAGAAGCGGGAGCGCAAGACGUCCUCCAAGUCCUCAGUGCGCAAGCGCCGCGUGGUCAUCGUGGACCCCGAGACAGGCAAGGAGAUGUCGGUGUACGAGGCCUACCGCAAGGGCCUCAUCGACCACCAGACGUACCUGGAGCUGUCAGAGCAGGAGUGUGAGUGGGAGGAGAUCACCAUCUCCUCCUCAGAUGGUGUUGUCAAGUCCAUGAUCAUCGACCGGCGCUCCGGCCGCCAGUACGAUAUCGACGAGGCCAUUACCAAGAACCUCAUUGACCGCUCGACACUGGACCAGUACCGCUCCGGCACGCUCUCCAUCACUGAGUUCGCCGACAUGCUCUCGGGCAAUGCCAGUGGCUUCCGCUCCCGCUCCUCCUCGGUCGGCUCCUCCUCCUCCUACCCGCUCAGCCCCGCUGUCUCCCGCACCCAGCUGUCCCCCUGGUCUGACCCCACGGAGGAGACGGGCCCGGUGGCUGGCAUCCUCGACACGGAGACACUGGAGAAGGUGUCCAUCACCGAGGCCAUGCGCCGCAACCUGGUGGACAACAUAACGGGGCAGCGGCUGCUGGAAGCACAGGCCUGCACCGGCGGCAUCAUCGACCCCGGCACGGGCGAGCGCUUCUCUGUCACCGAGGCCGUCAACAAGGGCCUGGUGGACAAGAUCAUGGUGGACCGCAUCAGCCUGGCCCAGAAGGCCUUCUGCGGCUUCGAGGACCCACGCACCAAGACCAAGAUGUCGGCGGCCCAGGCACUCAAGAAGGGCUGGCUCUACUACGAGGCCGGCCAGCGCUUCCUGGAGGUGCAGUACCUGACAGGUGGGCUGAUUGAGCCCGGUGCUCCGGGCCGCGUGCCACUUGACGAGGCCCUCCAGAAGGGCACCGUGGACACCCGCACCGCCCAGAAGCUGCGUGACGUCGGUGCCUACUCCAAGUAUCUCACCUGUCCCAAGACCAAGCUCAAGAUCUCCUACAAGGACGCGCUGGACCGCAGCAUGGUGGAAGAGGGCACGGGGCUGCGUCUGAUGGAGGCUGCUGCCCAGUCCAGCAAGGGCUACUACAGCCCCUACAGCGUCAGCGGCUCCGGCUCCACCACCGGCUCCCGCACGGGCUCCCGCACGGGCUCGCGGGCUGGCUCACGGCGUGGCAGCUUCGACGCCACCGCCUCCGGCUUCUCCAUGACCUUCUCCUCCUCCUCCUACUCCUCCUCGGGCUAUGGCCGCCGCUACGCUUCGGGGCCCUCGCCCUCGCUGGGGGGCCCUGAGUCCGCGGCGGCCUGACCCCCUGCCUGCCCCCCGCCCCCGCUCUGCAUGCGGCCAGGCCCCUCCGCACGGGGUGCCGGGGCUUCCUCUCUUGUCUAAAGGAGUCUUCCUCCAACGCGGUGCCUAGAAUCUAACCGAAAAGACCAGACUAACAUAGUAAUAUAGACCUGCUGUCCACACGGCCUGGGUCUCUCCACUGCCCCCUACCUGCCACUCACCACAGCCAGGUGCCUUGGAGGGCCCAGAGUCAGGCCCCAGCCCCCCGCCCCCCAUCUCCCCAGGGGAUGGUCCUGCCCCUGGCUAACAAGGUCCUCUGUCUUCUCGGGCGUCGACCCCAGGGGUCAGCAUUUCUCAGUGUUUCCAGGGCCGCCUGCUGACUCAGUGGGCCUUGCUGGGUGGGGGUCCCCAGGUCAGCCAUGUCUUCCAGCCUGCUCAGAGAAGCCUCUUCCCCAUGGGAAGAUGGGGCUCCAGUCUGCAGGCCCGGCCGGGCCCAGCCCCCUGUUUUGCUCCUGCGGCUGCCGCCUGAGCUGGGGGCCGUUCUCAGCUCUCCGUCUUGGCUUGUCAGUCCCUCCCUGACACUCCCAGGCCCCAGGCCUCUGGCUGCAGCCUUCCAGCCUCAGCUCCCCUAGUAAGUGCCUUUUGUGUCCUCCCUUGUCCCCGGGCCCUGAGGACCCACACCUGGCUGGGAGACGGACGUGCCUGUGGAAGGCUUGCCCUGGGUUCCCAGUUCUCAGGCUGGGUCGGCCCAGGAUGGCCUGGUGGGAUGAGGCCUCUGCAGAGCUGUCCUGUCCUGCCCCGUGGAGCCCUGUUUUGGGUGCCCACCCAGACCAGGGGCUGCUGCCUGCCUGUCUCUCCCAGGGAGCCCCGCCCACAGAACAGCCACAGCCCCUCUGUUGGGCCCAGGGAUCCCAACUGGACUGUCUGCAUUGGCCUGGGCAUCCCAGCCCGGUGCCACCCACCCUCCUGCCCCACCCAGCCCUGGCCUUGGUGGCUCUCACCCCUGCCUCCACCCUCUGAGCUUUGCAUGUUCCACUAACCCAGGCAGGCAGCGGGGGGAGGGGCCGGGCUGCCAGCCACCUCUGUGAGGGCAGAACACUAACCUGACCAUGGGCGGGGCCCCACAGCACCCGCCCCCAAUAAAGCAAUUCCAACUUUUCUGCGAGUCCGCCUAUCUUUUGU